AUGGAGGUGGAUGGGGAGGCCCAGCCACCCCAGGCGCCCACUCCCAGGGCGGCAAAGAAGGCGCCGAAAAAGGGCGCCGCAAAGCGGCCGACUGCCCCCCCGCCUCCUCCUCCCUCCAAGGGGAAGCAGGGGGCAGGACAGGCAGAAGCGACCCCUCCCCCCCCAACCGCUGGAACAAGCGGAGAGGGGGAAGCCCAGACAGGGACGGCGGGCAACUCCUGGUCCGAGGUUGUCCGGCGGAAGAAGAGGGGAAAUGCUGCUGCCGCUGCUAAUUCCCCCCCCUCAGCCGGAACAACCCGGCAGAUCGCCCCGGCCCCCCCACCAAAGGCCGUCAAAAUCGUGGCCCCAAAAACCGCGGCCAUUGUGGUGACCCUCAAGAAAGGGGCCACCAUGACCACCGCGGAAGGGGCCACAACCGACGCUAAAUAUUCUGAGGUCCUGGCAAAGGCCAGGUCCUCGAUAUCCCUGAGGGAGUUCGGUUUGGAGUCGGUCAAGAUCCGAACGAGCAUGACCGGCUCCAAACUGAUGGAGGUCGGGGGCACCACCCCCGAGGAAACCGCCGACCGCCUCGCCGCCGCCCUGGUGGAGGCAGUAGGGAGCUGGGCGGACAUCACCCGCCCAACCAAAAUGGCCGUCCUCAGGAUCACCGGUCUAGAUGACACGGUGACCACUGAGGAAGUGGCGGCCCAAUUGGCAUCGGUCGGCGGGUGUCCCCCCAGCUCCAUGAGAGUAGGUAACAUCAGGCCGAGCUUCUGGGGCGGCGGCUCCGCCCUGGUCAAGUGCCCAGCGAUUGCCGCUAAGGCAAUUGUGAAGGCAGGACGAGUGGCCAUCGGAUGGACGAUGGCCACCGUCAAAGCAGUGGAGGCCCAGCCACUCCGAUGCUAUAAAUGCAUGAUGCUGGGCCACACUCGCGCUCUAUGCCCUGCGGAAGCGGAGAACGGGCGUCUCUGCUUCCGCUGCGGCGGUGAAGG